AUGAACCCCAGGACCUCCACAUGUCUGCAGGCUGUGGGGCCAGGAGCCCGCUCAGGUGCAGGUUUCCACGCCGAGCUCCCCAGCGGCACGGGCCGCACUGAGGCUCAUGCCACGCUGGAUGUGGGCUCUUCCAGAUGGAGUGCAAGGCAAAUACCCCUCUGCUUUCAGCUGUCCUUUGAGCAUGCCUACCUGGCAUCCACGCUAGGAGUGGAUGUGGACGAGGAACUGGUAAUGGAAAGUGUUAAAGCUGGAGCCUCAAAAGAACCAGAAAUGAACCCAGACAAUCCAGAAGACACAGAUGAAGGUGACAUUAAAGAGGUCUUGGACACAGCCCAGAACAAGGAGAAGAAUUUUGUUCCCAUGGUCAGCUCCACAGAGGAAUCUGAGGUCCCACAGCAGGGUGGUGACAUCUCCAAGUCCUCAGCAAAAACCAUCCAGCCCAAGCAGGGUGACAGUCCCAAGACCCCAGAAGAAACCAUUCAGCCUGAGGAAGACAACAUCCUGAGGCCUGAGGAAGAAACCAUCCAGCCCAAGCAGGGGGACAGUCCCAAGACCCCAGAAGAAACCAUUCAGCCUGAAGAAGACAACAUCCUGAGGCCUGAGGAAGAAACCAUCCAGCCUAAGCAGGAUGACAUUCCCAAGUCCUCGGCAGAAACCAUCCAACCCAAGCAGAGUGACAUCCCCAAGUCCCCAGAAGAAACCGUCCAGCUCAAGGGAGGUGACAUCCCAAAAGCUGAAGCAGCAGCAGUGGAGUCCCUGGAGGUGGACAUGGUGAAAGUGAUCCUGAGAAAGGAGGACUUCGAGGCAGCACUUAAAGAGGCCGGGGAGAGGCUGGUGGCCGUGGACUUCAUGGCCACUUGGUGCGGGCCUUGCAGGACCAUCAGGCCACUCUUUCACUCCCUGUCUGUGAAGCACGACGACGUGGUGUUCCUGGAAGUGGACGCUGAUGACUGUGAAGACGUGGUGAGAGACUGUGAGGUCAUGUGCAUCCCAACCUUCCAGUUUUAUAAGAAAGAAAAAAAGGUGGGCGAGUUUUGUGGUGCCAUUAAGGAAAAACUCGAAGCAAUCAUUGUAGAAUUAAAGUAA